AUUUAUUUUCCUGGUCUUUGAUGCGACUCUUCUCUCCCUCACAUCGAAUCAUCGAAGAACUCUCUCAACUGAACAAAAAAUCUCUCUUCUCUCUCUCUCUCUCUCUCUCUCUCCACCAAUUGUCGCUGACUUUGAUAAGUUGGAACUUCUGAAGGUUUAUGCAUCCAUUGAAGAACAGGUUACAGGUCUACUUGAUCAAUUUUUUGGGUUAAUCUUGAUCUUUGGUGACAGUUCAAUGCCUUCGGCCGUCUCACCUCAGUGGCAAGACAAAGCUAGUGGUUUUUUUUCAUCUUCAGGGGUGAAGCUUAAAGAAGCUGGUCAGUCUGCAGGGACAUUCGUUGGGGAGGUUGCAAAGGAUGCAAAAGGAAAUGUUGCUGGUGUGGCAGGAAAAGUUGGGUCAAUGGUCAAAAGUCGAUGGUCUCUCCUUCAGCAGCCGUCUACAAAACAUGCCAUGCAGGAGCGUCUUAUUUCUGCAGCCGCUUCUACUGGCAUGUUGUUCAGGAAGGGUUAUUCAGGAACAAAGGAUAAGGUUGUUGUUGGAAAGACGAAAGUUGAAGAGGUAGCAAAGAAAACUGCACAGAAAAGUAAGACUCUUUUAACUGAUAUUGAGCGAUGGCAGAAGGGAGUUGCAAGCACUGAUGUAUUUGGAGUUCCAAUUCAGAUGGCUGUGCAGCGACAACAAUCCAACAAGCCCGUUCCCCUUAUUUUGGUCACAUGUGCAGAUUAUCUCAUAUUAUCAGGACUAAACUCGCAAGAGUUGUUCAAGUCAGAAGGAGACAAAAAGGUUAUUCAGCAAUUGGUUUCAUUAUACAACCAAGAUUCAAAUGCAUCAUUGCCAGAGGGGAUAGAUCCAGUUGAUGUGGCAGCCCUGGUCAAGUGUUACCUUGCAAGCCUUCCUGAGCCAUUGACCACAUUUGAGCUAUAUAAUGAAAUCAGAGAUGCUCGCUCAAGCAUAAAUGUGAUGAGAAAUAUAUUGAAGAAGCUUCCUACUGUUAACUACAUGACACUAGAAUUAAUCACUGCACUACUGCUCCGUGUUAGCCAGAAGUCACUUCUAAACAAGAUGGAUGCUCGAAGCCUUGGCAUGGAAAUGGCCCCUAUCAUUAUGUGGCAGAAGGGACAUAGACUGGAAUAUUAUAAACAGUUUUGGAAUCAGCCUGCCAAAACACUUUCCAAGGAGAAUAUGGAUUCCACAUCUAAUUUAAAUGCUUGGGACAUGCUUGAUGAAGAGGGUGAAGGUGUAGAUGCAGAUGCAUCCUCCCUCAUUCCUUUGGAUGAUGGCUUGCCAAUUGACUUCAGUGCUAUAGAGGUUGUUCACUGCUUAAUCGAACAUCACAAUGCAAUUUUCACAGAUGCCAAUGAGACUGUCUGGAGAUGACUUUAGAUUUCCUCUUUUCCCAUUAUAUUGGACUGUAUAGCCAAUAAUUUCACAAUAUGGACUGUUUUUUCUCUUUGUGGUCGUUGCCUAAUAGCACAGAUGUAAAGUUUUUUGCUAGCUUUGGGUGUUUUCAUAGUGUGGGCAUAUAUUUUUAGAUUUAAGUCAGCAUUAGAUUUAAGUUUGUGUCUAAAAAUAUAUCUUCUUCCCCCUCUAUUUUGUCGAGACUCGUAUAUAAUUCAUGUGAAAUAUUUGACCCUCAAGCUUAUUUGCUUUUUGCAUGGGUUUCCUUUGAA